UAUUGGCUGCAACUUUAGAAUCAGUAAUCACACAAGGGCCAUUUCAUCGGUCUUUAGGCGUCUAAAAAGAAAGAAAACAUUUCUAGUACAACGUUUUUUCUGACUGUCAAAAAGUUAACAUGCAGUUCGCAGUUAUUCUGCUCAUUGGGGUCCACCUCGUUUAUGCCGGAAAACAUUCUCUGCAAUAUUACUUCACUGGUGUGUCUGGAGACAUUGACUUCCCAGAGUUCACAGCAGUUGGUCUGGUAGAUGGUGGGGAGUUUACAUACUUUGACAGCAACAUAAUGAGAAUUGUACCAAGGACAGAGUGGAUCAGAAAGAAUGAGAGAGCAGAUUACUGGGAUGGAGGGACUCAGAAUAUGAUUGCAGAACAUCAGACCUUCAGAAUAAACAUCCAGAUUUUAAAGGAUCGGUUCAACCAAUCCAAGUCAACAGGUGUUCACACGUUUCAGCUGAUGUAUGGCUGUGAGCUGGAUGAUGAUGGCACCAAACGAGGAUACUGGCAGGAUGGUUAUGAUGGAGAGGACUUCAUCAGCCUGGAUAAGAGCACCCUCACCUGGACUGCUGCUAAUACUCAAGCUAUGAUUACUAAGGUUAAAUGGGAUUCCACUGGAGUAGAGGCAAACAGGGCAAAAGCAUAUCUGGAGAAUGAAUGUAUUGAGUGGCUGAAGAAGUAUGUUGAUUAUGGCAAAGACACUCUAGAGAGAAAAGUUUCUCCUCAAGUGUCUCUGCUGCAGAAGUCUUCCUCAUCUCAAGUCACUUGUCAUGCUACGAGUUUUUACCCCAAAGCAGUAACAAUCUCCUGGCAGAAAAAUGGACAAGAUCAUGAUGAGGAUGUGGAUCUUGGUGAAUUUUUACCCAAUGAGGACGGGACCUUUCAGAGGUCGAGUACCCUCAGAGUUACACCUGAUGAGCGGAAGAAGAAUGAGUACAGCUGUGUGGUCGAACACCAGGGCAAAACCUUUAGAGAGAUAGUGACAGACGAUUCUCUUCCCAUUGGCAUCAUUGUUGGUGCUGCUGUUGGUGCUCUCGUCCUGUUGGCAGUUAUUGGUGUUGUCGUGUUUAAAGUGUUGCAGAAAAAGAAAGAAACAGACUUUAAACUAGUCAAUGCCUCUGAUGAUGGUUCAAACAACUCCUAAUGCAUGAAGAUGAGACCAGACAUGUGGGAGAGAUGAAGAUGAAAAAUGAUGCUAGUCCAACUGUCCAUCUGUCCAGUCAUACAAAAUUGCACAUAAGCACACACACACAUACACACACAA